UUUUAAUAGGUUGAAAAAAAAUAUGAUUACAAAAGAAAAACUAUCAUAUUCCGUCUACAAUUCGUCGUGGUCUUCGUCGUCGUCGUCGUCGUCGUCGCCGCCCGCGCCGCCGGCGCCGCCCGUGGAUUGGUAGACCUUGGACAUGAUAGGGUUGGCCACCUUCUCGACGGCCUUUUGCUGCGCGUCGAAGUCCUCCUUGUCCGCCUCCUGGUUUUCGUCCAACCAGUCCAUGGCUUCUUGCACCGCCUUCAACAGCGUGUCCUUGUCGCCUUCUUCAAUCUUGUCCGCCAACUUGUCUUCGACGUUGUUCUUCAAGUUGUAUAAGUACCCUUCCAGCGAGUUGCGUCCGUCGAUGCGGUCCUUGAUCUUCUUGUCUUCUUCCGCGUUUUCCUCGGCCUCUUGCACCAUGCGGUCAAUCUCUUCCUGGGACAAGCGGCCCUUUUCGGCCGUGAUCGUGAUCUUCUCGGCCUUGCCCGUGCCCUUGUCUUCCGCCGACACUUGCAAGAUACCGUUGGCAUCCACUUCAAACGUCACUUCGAUCUGGGGCACGCCGCGAGGAGCCGGCGGGAUCCCGGUCAAUUCGAACUUGCCGAGAAUGUGGUUGUCCUUGGUCAUCGUGCGUUCGCCUUCGUACACUUGGAUCGACACGGCCGGUUGGUUGUCUUGGUACGUCGAGAACGUUUGCGACUUCUUCGUGGGGACGACCGUGUUGCGGUUGAUGAUCUUGGUCAUGACACCGCCGACGGUUUCAAUUCCCAACGACAACGGGGCCACGUCCAACAACAAAAUGUCUUGCGUCGUGGCGUCGUUUUCACCGCCCAAAAUACCACCUUGGACAGCCGCACCGUACGCGACAGCUUCGUCGGGGUUGAUGCCGCGGGAAGGUUCCUUGCCGUUGAAGAAGUCCUUGAUCAAUUGCUGGAUCUUGGGGAUACGCGUGGACCCGCCGACAAGCACAAUCUCGUCCACUUCGUUCUUCUUCAAGCCAGCAUCCUUCAUCACCUUUUCCACGGGGCUCAACGUCUUCUUGAACAAGUCGUUGUUCAAUUCUUCGAAACGCGCACGGGUCAACGUCUCGUCGAAGUCUUCGCCGUCCAAGAGCGAUUCGAUUUCAAGGCGCGCUUGGGGCUGGGUCGACAACGCGCGCUUGACACGUUCGGCUUCACGGCGGAGCUUCUGCAACGCGCGCUUGUCGCUGGAAAUGUCAAUCUUCUUUUGCUUUUGCCACUUCUUGAUGAAGAAUUGCAUGAUGCGUUGAUCGAAAUCUUCACCGCCCAAGUGCGUGUCACCGUUGGUCGACAACACCUCAAACACACCACCGUCGAUGGUCAACAACGUCACAUCAAAGGUACCGCCGCCCAAAUCGAACACCAACACGUUCUUUUCGCCCUUGGCCUUUUUGUCAAUGCCGUACGCAAUGGCGGCAGCCGUGGGUUCGUUGAUGAUACGUUGCACGGUCAAACCAGCAAUGGUACCGGCAUCCUUGGUGGCUUGGCGCUGCGCAUCGUUAAAGUACGCGGGCACGGUCACGACAGCGUCGUGCACUUCCUUGCCGAGGUAGUUUUCGGCAAUGUUCUUCAUCUUGGUCAAGAUCAUGGCCGAAACUUCUUCGGCCGAGAAUUGCUUCUUCUCGCCCUUGAUGACCACUUGGAUGAACGGGCGUCCUUCCUUGUUGACGAUUUCAAACGGCAACAGCUUCUUGUCCGCUUGCACCGACUUGUCGUUGUAUUGGCGACCGAUCAAACGCUUCACGUCGAACAACGUGUUUUCGGGGUUGAUCGUGGCUUGGUUCUUGGCACCGUCACCGAUCAAGCGCUCGUCGUUCGAGUCCCACGCCACGUACGACGGGGUGAUGCGGUUACCUUGGUCGUUGGCAA